AAUCGAAGUCGUCGUCGUCGUCGUCGUUAUAAUGUGACAACUACCUGGAUCCUCUCUCUCUCCCCCAUACAGACACAGAAUGAAAAGCCCGAACCCACUUUUCGGUCGCCGGAAUAGAACCUCUGGAGAGUUUUCCACACCGGACCGUGUGACCUACUCCCCUAGCUCCACAUACUCCUCCUCCUCGUCCUCCCAGAAGUCAACUUCCGGGCGAAACCCAGUCAAACUCGCCGCCAGAUCCGUUGCCGAAGCUUUUGUCUCUUGUUUCACUCCACCGGGGACCAAGAGUUCUACGGGCUUUGGUGAUUCUGGCACAUUCAAGCCUCAUUCUGUUGUAUCGGAUGGUUCUAGUAGUGCCGGUACCGAGAGGAGACGUAGUUCAAAUCGCGGAAUUUAUGUCAGUUCUGACAAUUCAACACAUAUGAGAGAGCCUGGAAGUAUAAAAUUCACCCUUGAGGAAAUCAACAUGGCCACAAAGAACUUCUCACCCACUUUAAAAAUUGGACAAGGCGGUUUUGGUGCAGUCUACAAAGGUCGACUUGAAGAUGGAACCAUUGUUGCAAUUAAACGUGCUAAAAAGAGUGUGUAUGAUAAACAUUUGGGAGUCGAAUUUCUAAGCGAGAUCCGAACUCUGGCAAAAGUGGAGCAUCUGAAUUUGGUGAAGUUUUAUGGGUAUUUGGAGCAUGAGGAUGAAAAGAUUGUUGUUGUAGAGUAUGUUCCCAAUGGCACCCUGAGAGAACACUUAGAUUGUACACGAGGCAAUGUUAUUGAUCUUGCUGCGCGGCUAGAUGUUGCAAUUGAUGUGGCUCAUGCAAUUACAUAUCUCCAUAUGUACACAGAUCACCCUAUCAUCCACAGAGACAUCAAGUCUUCCAACAUUCUCCUUACUGAGAACCUUCGAGCUAAGGUAGCUGACUUUGGUUUUGCCCGGCUGGCGGCUGAUAGUGAUUCAGGAGCCACCCAUGUAUCUACCCAAGUUAGAGGAACUGCUGGCUACUUAGACCCUGAAUACCUGAAAACUUACCAACUUACAGAGAAGAGUGAUGUUUAUUCAUUUGGAGUCUUACUUGUAGAGCUAGUCACAGGCAGACGCCCUAUUGAAGCAAAACGGGAACUCCAGGAUCGUGUAACUGCCAGAUGGGCCAUGAAGAAGUUUGCUGAAGGAGGUGCAAUUUUAAUCUUGGAUCCAAGGCUGGAAAGGACUGCUGCAAAUAGUUUGGCAAUAGAAAAGAUUCUUGAACUAGCCUUGCGAUGUUUGGCUCCUCAUCGACACAACCGGCCAUCUAUGAGGAAAUGUGCAGAGAUUCUAUGGAGUAUCCGAAAGGAUCAUAAAGAACUGGCAACUUCAGACACCCACUCUCUCUCUUCUCAUUCCCAAAAGAGCAUUACAAUUAGAGAAGAAUAAGCAAGUGUAUAUGAUCUUGUCCAAGAAUUCUCAUACAGGUUGUUUUAAUCUUCCAUUGGAUAUAAGAGAGCUGUGCAGUGGGAAAACAGAGGGUGGCUUGUUACAAGAAUGAGAAAAGGGAUUUAUUCAUAUUGUUUGGCUUUUGUGUAGAAAAUUCAGUUGAGGUGGAGAAUCAAGGAUCCUUGUAGUCUCCUGAUUUUGUAGUUGUUCAUAUUUGGAGAGCUAUAGGGUCAAAUUUGGCCAAUUCCUACAGGCAUUGUUGUGGUUUUGAAUUUUUGUC